AUGCCUACCCAUUUCAAGCUCUUGUAUGCCGAUGCCAGAGGCCUUGGAGAAGUUGCUAGACUAAUUUUGCAUUACGCAGGAGUUGAUUUUGAAGAUGAUCGGUCAGUCACUUUUGAGAAAAUUGAGAAGAUACGGAACGGUAAGGGCUUUUUGAUAAAAUAACAACUAAAAAUUUGGUGAAUAAGGACAAUUGUCAUUGCAGAACUCCCGUUUGGGCAAGUUCCUGUCUUAAUUAUUGACGGUACUCAUAAAAUCGCACAAAGUUACGCGAUUUAUCGCUUCCUUGGGCGGGAAUUUGGUCUAUCUGGACAAAACAACGUUGAAUCAGCUCUUGUUGACAGCUAUGCUGACUUUAUUAAGGACCUUAUGAAACAUUGUGAUGAAUAUAUGUACUCUCUGGAUGGAACCUAUGGUGACCCAAAGAAAAGUAACGAAUUGGGGAAAUCGGCAAACAACUAUGUGAAGAAUAAGUUCGAGGUGUAUCUGAAUAGAGUUGUGGAUGUAAGUGCGGUUUGAAAACAGAAACUGAUCAUUUUUAUCUCUUCUAGGAGUCAAAGAGCGGGUUUUUCCUCCCUUCUGGACUUAGCUGGGCUGACUUUGUUGCUGCCAACUAUUACGAAUCAGCAAAGAAUGUCGGAAUGGACUGCGUAGUAAAUGUCCGAGGGCUGAAGACGAUCUACGAUAACGUUUAUAAUCUUUUACAGCUGCAAAGUUAUCUGUCAAGCAGAAGACACUACAUACUAUAA